AAUUUGAAGUUCACAAUUCCAAUCAUGAAUCAAAUUUAAAAUUUCAUUCAUUAUCAGUAUUUCUGAUUAGUGAUUCGCGAUUUUAGAUAAUUUUAUUUUAAUAUAAAAAGAUAGACUAAUAUUUUAACGCAUAUUCAUUUUAAUUAAUUCUCUUAUAUUCUCGAAGGUUUCAGAUUUUUUAUAAUUAAUUUGUGCAUGAACCAAGAUGAGUUACAGGGAUUCCUCUGGACCUAUUUAUAUAGUAUAAUACUCAUUGCUUCAAGGUCGACAUUAUGAGCCAUUUAAAGGAGGCAUAUCAUUUUACUGCGACGUAAUUGAUACUUCGACUGUUUAUUAAAUAUUUUUUGUGUUGUACAAUUUAUUUCCACUAUAUUAUGUGUUUAGACUUAGAUUUCCUUCUAUUUGCACUGUUAGUCACCUUCAUAUUUGGUAAAAUUAUUACAUUUAUUGGCAGUUUUCACUAUACCCGAGAUAUCAUACAUACAGUACUUCUAAAGACCUGCGUGUAGGAUCUCAUCUAAGAAGUCCAAGGAUGUAUGGGGGAUCCCAAUCAUCUGUCUUGAGCUCCUUAUCAACAUACAGAUCUAGUGGCUUGGAUGGUGUUUCCUACACACCCUCACCUGAUUUAAAUGAAGUGUAUCCAGGAUUGUUUGUUGGAGAUGCGGUGGCUGCAAAAGACAAAGCAUUUUUAAGGCGCAUGGGUAUUAACUAUGUAUUAAAUACUGCAGAAGGCAAGCGCUACACACAAGUAGACACAGAUCAUUUGUAUUAUCGAGAUUGUCCUGGUCUACACUAUAAAGGCUUUCAACUCAUGGAUCUUCCUUCUACUGAUAUAUCAAAGUACUUCCAUAUUGCUGCAAAUUUUAUUGAUGAAGGAAUAUCUAGAGGGGGUCGUGUGUUGGUACAUUGCUUUAUGGGGGUAUCCCGCUCAGCCACAUGUGCUCUUGCUUUCCUCAUGAUCAAGCGAGGUAUGACUUUAACUGAAGCUUUAGCUUUGGUUCGUUCUCGUCGUGAUAUUCAUCCCAACGAAGGGUUUAUUCGUCAAUUGAGGGACCUUGACAGGGAAUUGCGUGUAUGUAGAAUUCGCUGACAUCACACCCCACUUGAACCAGUUCUCAGUCUACCAUACAACUUUAGCUCUCAACAUCUUCGUGUACGCAGUUUAGACAGAACAUAUCAGAGUCGUUAUCAUUGAUAAUGAGACUGAGAACAAUAAAGUUGGUGACAACUAUGUAUUUGAACUUAAAAAAAAUUAGUACCAUAGUUUUAAGUACUAACACAGAAUGUAGAUAGAAUAGCAAUUUGUUUAUGUUUGCGAAACUAGGUAAAGAUAGAGAGUAUAAUUUUUUAUCCAUCAAAUCAAUUUGACUUGGUGGGUUAUUCACACUUAAGAAGAGCUAUUUUAAGAAAGUCAACAAAAAAUUUUAACACUAAAAAAUUGUUGAUUCCAUACAAACUUGUACAAACAGGUCAUUUGCAAAACAGUAGUUAAUCAGCCAAAGAUUGAUUUAUUACAAGGUUUAUAAAAUACAUAGUAUUCCAUUUAACUAUAGUACAAUUGUGUAGCCUUAAAUGUUAAAGAGAAUAGUAUUUUCGCAAUAAUAUAAUUGUUAUUUAUAAUUUAAUGAAAUAAAACACCAUCAAUAGUCCACUUAGUGGAUUUCUGUUUAAAAUAAAAUAAAAAAGUAGUGUAAGAAUUUAAAGACUGGCCUGAAAGAUCUUGGAUGCUUUAUGUUUUUUUAAAUAUGCCUGCUGACUGUUGAGAUAGCAUGAAUGUCAUUGCCUUUAAACAUUAUGUCAAGGUGUAAAAUUGGGCUUGAAGCCAACACAUGACUUCAAUAUGUGUGAAGAUGCUGGUCUUGCAAUUAUUCUAUUUUUAAAUUAGAUUUCACUAACAACAUUCACUAAAAUAAAUUAAGUGAUAAGUAAGUGAAUUAUGUUUGUUUUUUUAUUUAAUUAACAUGGUUUGAUUGUUAGGUGAAAUCAAAACUAACGACAAAAUCUAUUUAAUAAAUUAUAUUCAUAAAUUUAUUUUCUAUAGGAUAAGAUGAAUCUUAAAAUGGAUGUUAUUUAUUUUUUUAAUUGUUAACAUUGUGAUAUUUCACAUUAUUUAUUAGGAUAAUAGAAUUUUCUGUAUUACUAGUAAUUUAUGUCUUAAUUUAUUUAGACUUGCUAGAAAAUAUCGGAAGAAUUGAUCAAGAACUUAUUUUUUGUAUUGUUUUAUAGAUCUAUACUAGUUUGAGCACUAAAUAACCUUGUAUAUCCAUAAAGGAAAUAAUUUCUUAUUAUCAUUAAAAACUCUGUGAUAAACCACCAAAAAUAUUUUAGAAAACUAGCUAUUAUUAUUUAAAUAAUCAACAAAGUUGUAAACUGACUAGUCUUAUUUUAAACAAUACAUCUGUAAUAUAUUGAUAUGUUACAAGUAAUUUCACCAUUUAUUAUACAGUAUAUACAUUAUGAUAAAUAUCAAAAAAAUAUAUUACACAAUGCUUUAGGAGCUUAGCUAAGGAUGUUCAUGCAAAAGUUUACAUUUACUAGUAACUUCAUAAAAAUUACAUAUAUAGUAUUAUUUAGAGACAAUAUUUUUUUUAAACAAUACUCUACAGGUGGUGAAAAAUUUAGUGCAGAAUAUUAUUAAUAUGUUAUAUUGUUUUUAAUAACCCUGUUCAAUUAUGAUUAUCCUUUCAAUAUUAUUUAUACUGUGUGGUUUUAAAAGAUUGUUAUGAUGUAUUAAAUUUUAACUGAAUAAAGAUAGAAAUAAUCUGU